CUAAUCCUGCUGCUGAUGAAGAUGACCUUGGCAGCAACUUUAGUAGUACAGAGCCUGUAGACCCAUUGGAUGAAAGCUUUCAGCCUGGAAUGUGCUCAAUCCCACCAUUAUCUGACUUUGAAACAAGCCAGGACAACCAAAGAGCUUUCUACACAUAGAAACAUUGGGUCUUCUACUCUAAAGUUACCAAAAACAUGAAACAAUGGGCAACACUGACCAGCUCAGCUUGUCCUUCACAUGGGACUUCUGAAGAAGAGCUUAUCCUGGGGCGUUCUCCUUUUCCACUGUAUAAGAGGAAACAUAACCACCAAUCAACUCUUCCUUUACUUUCAAGUGGACCUAAACCUGGAGUCUUAACUAUCCAUUUUGUGAACUUAACUAAACUGUAACUAGAUCCCACUCUAAAACUAUUUUCACCCAGAACCCAGACUAAAUCAAUUCCAAGUCUCGAGACUUUCUAAGUGGACCUAAACUUGGACUACCCAUUACAAGACAACACGUUUUUAUCCCUAACCAAACCAAUCCCAAGUCUGUUGAUGUCGCAUGGUCCUCUGGGUUGGUCCCUCUAGUGGUGACAGGGGAGUAGUGCAGGUCCAGCCAGGACCUCCAGGCCUCAGGAGACCCUCCCAGGAUGGGAAGUCCAGGAGGGGUAGCCCUACUGAGCGGGUUCGGAUCCUCCGCCAGGGACUCUCUGGAGGUAGGGGGCUGGAUGGUCUUUCCAGGGGGGAACAACUCCACCUACCUUGGACUCAACCAGAGUCUACCCUGGGGGGUUGGGGCUGGAGGAGUAGACGGUAACCUGUCAUUGGGGUCGUCGCAGGCAGAGGUGGUGAUUCGAGCACCGACCAUGAAGGAGAAGAACUGGCCGGCACUCCUCAUCCUGGUCAUCAUCGUGCUGACGGUGUGUGGAAACAUCCUGGUCAUCCUAGCUGUCUCAUUGGAGAAAAAGCUUCAGAAUGCCACCAACUUCUUCCUGAGGUCUCUGGCCGUGGCCGACAUUCUGGUGGGGAUACUAGUGAUGCCUGUAUCCCUCAUCAACAUACUCUAUGACUAUGCUUGGCCCCUGCCCAGUGCAUUGUGUCCUAUCUGGAUCUACCUGGAUGUUCUCUUCUCUACAGCCAGUAUAAUGCACUUGUGUGCUAUAUCUCUGGAUCGAUACGUGGCCAUAAGAAAUCCUAUAGAGCACAGCCGUUUCAACUCCAGAACUAAAGCUAUGAUGAAGAUAGCAGCUGUAUGGACUAUAUCUAUAGGAGUGUCAAUGCCUAUCCCGGUCAUCGGCCUCCAUAACAAGGACAAGGUGUUUAUUGACGGAAGCUGUGUCCUCAACGAGGAGCACUUCAUGCUGAUUGGCUCGUUCGUGGCCUUCUUCAUCCCAUUGGUCAUCAUGGUGGUGUCCUACUACCUAACCGUACAGGUCCUCCAGCGCCAGGCAACCGUCUUCCUCUAUGAGGGGAAGACUCCCUCCCAUCAGCCACUACACCCGCCGCCCACGCCCUCAUACCCCAGAUCCCCGGCCCCAAACUUCCAAGUCCCACCCAUAAACAUUGAGGCUCCUCCUCCUAGCAGACAAGGGAGUCUGAGCUGCCAGAAAGGAGCAGAGCAUGUCCGGCAGACCAGCCUCCUAAACACCUCCCCCUCAGAGGACAUCAGCAUAAUUCCAAGUUCCGAGGUGGCAUCCCAGCUGAGCUCGCCGGCGGGGCAUGAACCACGGGACAGUAUUGGGAGACGGGGGAUGAUGCAGGCCAUCAAGAACGAGAGGCGAGCCUCCAAGGUGCUGGGGAUUGUGUUCUUCCUCUUCCUGAUCAUGUGGUGUCCUUUCUUCAUCACCAAUGUCACAUACGUCCUCUGCCAGGAUUCAUGCAAUGAGCCGCUAUUAGCCGAGCUCCUCAACGUCUUCGUAUGGGUGGGAUAUAUAUCCUCCGGAGUUAACCCUUUAGUAUAUACCUUGUUUAAUAAGACAUAUAGAAGGGCGUUUUCCAGCUAUAUACGUUGUCAGUAUAACACAGGGCCAAACGCCGGAGUUGGUAGUAAGUCGCUUGCAGUUACGACGAUGCCGUGUCCGUCACAUGCCAUCGUGCCCAUAUUUGGACAUAAUGGUGGGAAUGGGAAGAUGGGAAGUGUGGACCGGAAUAGUAACUGUCGGAAUGGUGGUGGAGGGGACCGGGCAGAUGGGAAUGGGAUGAUCAGAGGGAUGGAACCUGUCGACCCCACAGAUGGCAGGAUGGGGAUGGAGAUGGAAUGUCCCGGGAUAAUGUCGGGAUUAAAACCCGGAAUGUCGGAGCUGAAGCUUUCCGUCGACAGCUUCUGCCACGCCCAGGUGGAGCGCACCAGCAGCGUCUGAUUGUUUGAUUGGUUAAUUGAAUUAUGACAGCGCCGCGUCUCAUUGGGUGACGAUGGAUGGACGGAAUGGACAUCUAUUGUGAUGCGUGCAAGAGAGGGGGACGAUACUGGGUUUGUCUUAUAGAGAGAUAGUGGACACAUCCACAGAGCACAGGGCCAAGGAAGGACCAUAGAGAUACUAGAAAGCCCAUCUCUUGUCUGUAGAAUGGGAAGCCCUCAGUGACUCUGUCCAUGUUAAAGGUGGCAUAAGAGAAUUCUAUACAACUCUAUGGGAUGGACUCAUCUUGACCUGGAUGUAAUAGAAAAGUACUGCUUCAAUCUAGAAACCCACAGAAGAAGAAGCCAUGAACAAGGCUGAACAGAGAGAGACUCAAUACUUAAAAUAUACCCAAACUCAACUGUAUUAUGGAUUUUAGUAACAGUUCAGCACCAUGUUAUAACUGGUUAGGACACUACAUAAGGUCUGAAUUGAGCUCUGCAGGUGUGUAUAAAAAGGCCAAUAAUGGUUCAUAGGUAGACAAGUAAUGUUGAAUUGAGAGAGGAAUGUAACUGAACACAAUAUAGCCCCAGUGAUAGUGUCAUAGCUCCACCUUGUGGUGUCUGUAUGAAUGAAUGAAAUAACUCAUUUUCAAGAGGGUCGGUGAAUGAAGGGGUUGGAAACACUGUGUACAGUGGAUCUCUCUCACACAUCAUAAUGUAUCACCUCACUCAGAUUUACACAGCAUUCUUUGAGAAGAUCAGAAACAGUCAAGUUAAGGAUGAACAGCAGUGCAGGUCCCGACGGGCUGCAGUGUGCGCAUGCUUUUGUCUCACACAGCCAAUCUAACUUCACAAGAAGAUAAUCCCCCUUCUGUCAUCUUUACAACCAUAGCUAUGACCAUAACUCAACCAUAACCAUAGUCUAUAACCCUAUCAUAGAACAAACCAAAUGUACAGUAUGUUAGUAAUCCUUCAGGCCUAUACAGUAUAUCCCACUCUGACCUACAACCCAAAUGAUUCCUACCACCCAUAAUCAAACGCUGCAACAACCACAACCAAAACACCAGAGCACCUGAAUGAAUGUAUAUAUGACAACCUCUGACCCCUCUACACAGGUCAAAGUUCAAAGGUCAAAAAACGUAUAUCAAUUCAUUCACUAUGAUGUCAAGUUCUCUCUUACAUAAGGAAGAUUGAACAGAAGGUCUAAGCGAUCGUCGCUAGUAAUUUUGGAGCUUUUAUCAGACAAAAAAGAUAACGUUGAAAAGACGUUGAAAAUAAGUAUUUUGGGUUGAAAAGGUGGGUUGCUACAGGCCCAUUGACGUUGUUUGACAUAAAGUCUGACAAAAACAUUAAACCAAAAGAAUGAAAAGUACUGCAGAGAGGACGGGCGCCUGAUCCGAAAUCAGUUUGCGUUCCGAUCGAGGAGCGAAGUCAAGAGGUAUCCUAAACAAUUAAUUUUAAGCUGUAUAUGUUAGCCAUAACUGUGUGUGUGUAAAAUAUAGCUGUUUCUGGUCCAGGGCAUUAGUGCUUCUUGCUAGCACUGAGCUUUCCCUUGUCAGCGUUAGCAAGCCAUGCUAAUGCUGGGUUUAUGACAUCUCUUAACUAUGAGCAUACAACUGGGAAAAGUCCAAUUGAACCCCCCUCCAACUCGUAAUUACUAGUGGGAUACUCAUCUAUCAUACCUGUGCCCACGACAUCUCCCACAUGCUGAGCUCUGUUGUCACCUACUAAGAUAAUGACCUUGAUAACAGCAUUUGUAGCAGUUAAAUGCAAAUAGAAAACAUAAUGUAUUCUAUUUAUAUGGUUUUUUAACACUGUCAUUUGUUUACGAGCAUGAUAGCUGUACUUUUAGUUUAUGGUUGACGCAGAUUGUUUACCAUUCUCAAUGAGUUCAAAGCAUGUAGAUGCACACAACUUGUUGCUCCCAGUUUACAGUAAAAGUUGUAUUUUCCAAGUUUCCCACUUGUCAUAAACGCAGCAUAAUGUCCUGGUCCAUAGCUAAAGAUAUUUUGUAUUAUUAUUCCAUUCCAUUCCAAUCAAUGAAUCAAUCACCGGUUUUCAUACCAUUUACUUGUGAAUGUUUGUCAAUGACACUUCUCAUGUUUUUGACUAUUUCAAUCAUCCACAAGACAGUGUUGUUUUUUUCUGUGUGAUGCUGCUAUUUAUUUAUUAUUAAAACGUCAUUCUAA